GACGGCACUUCAUCAAUUUAUUUCAUUUGUGUAUCUAUUAAUAGUCGGUAAAAUUUAACGACAUAACUUAUCGUGCUUUGUAGACAGAAGUAUAAUCCAUUGAUAAGAGUAAUUCGAUUGCGUAUAAAGAAAUAUAGAUUCGGCACAAUUAAUACAUAAGCAUUGAAGACUUGCUAGAUCUUUUGGAAAAAACUUUUUACCUACUGUUACUUAUAUGUUUUAUUAUAUUUGAAAUUUUAUAGAAGAUAAAAAGCUGUUGCAAAUAUAAUGUCAUACACGAUGGCAGAUCAAACGAAAAUGUCAGGGCAAAAAAAUGAAUUUAAGCGGACGCCAAUGCGUCCAAUGAUAACCGAGUAUGAUCCGAAAAAAUGUGAUGUUAGAACGGAAUUAUCAGACAUGGUUUUAAUGAAAUACAAAUGCGAGAAAAAUGAUGUUCCUAUUGUUAUAUCAAAUGGAUCAACUUUACCGCUUGUGGAAAAGCCCAAUGAUGAAGAAGCUGCUCUUUAUAAUCCAUUUGAACAUAGAAAAUUAGUUCAUCCAACUUCUGAUCUGGAUACACUUAUUCAUCUACUGAAAGGAAGUUUAGGAUCUGGUAUUCUUGCUAUGCCCAUGGCCUUUAAAAAUGCUGGUCUAUUUUUUGGACUUUUUGCUACGUUUUUUAUUGGAGCGGUCUGUACAUACUGCGUUCAUAUUCUUGUCAAAUGUGCCCACAAACUUUGUCGACGGACUCAAACCCCAAGUUUAGGAUUUGCAGAGGUUGCUGAAGCUGCAUUCCUUGUAGGUCCUGAACCAGUCCAAAAAUACGCAAGACUUGCAAAAGCAACCAUUAACUCUUUUUUGGUGAUUGACUUGCUUGGUUGCUGCUGCGUAUAUGUUGUAUUCGUCGCAAAAAGUAUAAGCCAAAUAGUUGAAGAACACGCUCAUUUAGGUUGGGAUUUAAGAAUUUACAUGGCUGCCUUAUUACCAUUUUUAUUGAUUUUUUCAUUAGUGAGAAAUCUCAAAUACCUUGCACCAUUUUCUAUGUUUGCCAAUUUUUUGAUUGCCAUUGGUAUGAGUAUUACAUUUUAUUACAUCUUUCGGGAUACUUCACAAUUUCAAACUGGCCUACCAUACAUGGCUAAUUUUGAACAACUUCCCAUGUUUUUCGGAACUGCCAUCUUUGCCCUUGAAGGAAUCGGCGUUGUAAUGCCUUUAGAAAACAACAUGAAAACUCCGACUCACUUUAUUGGAUGCCCAGGUGUUCUAAAUAUUGGAAUGUUUUUAGUCGUUUCCUUAUACAGUACAGUUGGAUUUUUCGGUUACCUCCGAUAUGGUAACACAACUGACGGAUCAAUUACGUUAAACUUACCACUCGACGAAAUUUUGGCACAAUCUGUAAAAAUAAUGAUUGCACUAGCUAUCUUUUUCACCUAUGGUCUACAAUUUUACGUACCCAUGGAAAUUAUUUGGAAAAAUCUAAAACAUUAUUUUGGUGCAAGAAAACUUUAUGCUGAAUAUCUAGUGAGAAUUGGACUGGUUAUUUUCACUGUUAGUAUGGCAAUUGCAGUGCCUAACCUUGGGCCAUUUAUAUCUCUUGUUGGUGCAGUUUGUCUUUCUACUCUUGGCUUAAUGUUCCCAUCUAUAAUUGAAUUAGUAACUGUCUGGGAAUCUGAAGACGGUCUUGGUCGUUUCAACUGGAUAUUAUGGAAAAACAUACUCAUCAUCUGUUUUGGCUGUCUUGGAUUUGUGACAGGAACGUAUGUGAGUGUUCGAGAAAUCGCUGAAGGCAAUUGAAAUAUCGGCAUGAAAGCCGUGUCUUGUCCAAAACGACGCAAUGUUACGAGUAACAUAAUUCAAACUGCUGUCGUUUUUAGUAAUACAGUCUUUAAUAUUUAAUGGCUACCUCCGGCUCUUGUCAUCCAUUUUUAACCUCGUUCAUAAGCAAUAUGUUUAUUUGUUGCUUAUUCUUGAAUGCAAAAUAUAUUAAUAAUCAUAGGUUUUGAAUACGAGAGCCGGCCUCUCAACAGCCAGCAGGUUUGCAAAAAUCAUUCCUGCAGUUAAAGUAGUCACUAUUUUUGUUUCAAACGUAGCAGAAGUCUGGUACUUCUAUGACUGUACUUGCAUUGCAACUAUAUUAAUAACUGAUGGGAAAAUAAAUCAGUUGUAAUGAAUUCCAGUUCUAAUAUAUGCUUUUAAGGAGUAUUAGAACAACUAAUUAUUUCUUCCUGAGAAGAAAUAAAUAAAUGCACAUUUUUUAAAAUUUAAUUAAUUUGUUGCAAUUUACAGUAAUACUUUUGAAAGUUUAUUUCGGACCUCUUCAAUGAUAAUUUUACAAUGAUUAUGAAACAAAAAAGACUAUUGUGGAAAAUAAUUUUUUUUAAUUUAUUGGAAUGAUCUAUUAACGAUGUUGAUUCUUCAAUAGUAUUUUUUAGUUGAUUAUUUUUUUCUUCUUAAUUGUAACUUAUACUUCGAAAUGACAUUUUGUUAAAACGCACAUGAAUUUAUUUUUAUCUCUUAAUGAUAGAUCAAUUAAAAACUUGAAAAAAAUAAAGUACCAUCUCAAUGAAUUUUGUUAAUGACAAUUGUAGAUAUAUAGUAAUUUUUGCUAAACAAUUUACUAAAGAUGAGUAAUUUUUGUAAUCAUGAUGAUUAUACGAAGACGAAUGUAUAUUUUUAUUAAAAUCUGAUAUGAACAACAAGAAAAUAGUUUAUUAAUUUUAAAAUACUGUAAACAAAAUGUGCAUUUACAUGUGUUUGUAGACUAUUUAAUAUUUGAUGCGUGGAAAAGCAAAAAUUUGAAGGUCUGAUAAGAAUAUCUUUAGUUUUUUAAUAUGAAUAAAUACGUAAAAAUUAUGAAUUGACAUUUACAUGAAACAAAUUAAUCUAAACAAUGAAAAUAAAAGGAAUUGAAUAAAAUCAUAGCAAUAAAAACAUUCAAGUUCUUAGUUUGUAAUAAUAAAACAGUAAUUCUGUAGUUUAGCAGCUUUGCGAAUAUGUUUCAAACUUAUUGCUUCAGACCUGUUUUGGGUCUCGAAAAAAUUUUGAAUAGAGUCUAAAAGUUUGUAAAGUUUCUACAUGAUACGAAUUGUUAUUUGAUAUUUUUUUUUAACUUAUUUAACUAUGAACAUGUAUCUUCUAUUAUCGAGUAAUGAGUAUAAUUUUAUGAUUUUGUUCUUGUAAAAGCUAUAGAAAUAAUAAAAAAAAACAACGAAAA